UUAAAAGCCAACAGCAACACAUAGCAACUGUUAGCCAAGCAGAUCUUCCACGAGAUGGAGACUUAAGGCACGUUACGCUUGCCCUGUCAAGGGAGACGAUUUCAGAGACUUCUUAAAAAGACAGCAAUUCAGGUUAAAAAAAAUGAAAUAAACCAAAACGUAUCAGCGCUUUAAAGGUUAACAGCUUCUGCUGAACAACAUGCGUUUAUCCAACCACGUCCUAGAGUAGUUUUUUCAGCCUCGAGACCAAUGAGCACAGCUAAGAGGAGGGCCUUGGGAUGGUGGAGAGGCUGAGUUACCCCCUCCCCUCUACCUUCCCUCUUCUCCACCUCCCCCUCCUUUUCUUUUUUUCUUUCUUUUUUUUCUUUUUUUUUUUUUAGUUUAGUAAAUUAAUGCAGCAAGAAACUCCCAAGAUCUGGCGAGUCCUAGCAGGGGAGAGAGGGCAGAGGGGAAAUGAGAUGCAUUAGGAGGACACUGAGCCACUUUCUUUCUGAGCACAAUGGGAGUGCUUCCCAAGAAACUUCCCCUUCGUUCCCCUCCGCUCUAGCCCUGAGCAAUGGGACACCUUCCCUACAGCAGCAAUAACUUAUCCGGGAGGAAAAUAGCCCAGGAAGCAGGGAUCAACAGCAGCCAAACGGCGGGCAGGAAAGCGACACAACCGGGACUGCAGCACGGCUCCACGCUGACAAAUUCCUGUGGAUGUAAUUAGGAAGACACCCUGGCUAGCAGCGGAGAUUAAAGCCCCGGGUUGUUGAGAGUCGUCCCCCCCUCCCCCUCCCAUCUUACCCCCACCACCCUGAUGGCAAACCUACACCCCCUGCGUCUCCCCCUCUCGCCAGCCUGAUGUCCGGAGCGAGAUCCCGCUGAAGGGAGAUUUCGGUGCGGGAAGCCUGGUCCUCCGGCCCCGAGCACCACUGCAGUGGCGGUGGCGGGGGCACAGGCGGAGAGGAGGGACGAGCCAAGGCAGCGCCGGAGCGGAGCCGCCGGCCGCUCCGCAGGCGGCCGCGGAGCGCCGCGCACCGCCGCUGUCCAGGGUGCUGACCGGAGCCGCCCGCCAGACGCUGUCCAGGGUGCUGACCGGAGCCGCCCGCCAGACGCUGUCCAGGGUGCUGACCGGAGCCCUCCCGGCCUUCCCCCCGCCCAGCCUGCCUCGGGAGGGGUGGCUCGCUUCCCCUACCCAUUCUCCCCAAGUGCCGGGUUACUUUAUUGGCCAACCCCACCGGCCCACCCCUCACGGAGUACAAAAAAAAAAAAAAACCACACACAGCGAGAGCUGGAAAAAUGUGCAACGUCAACGCGCUCGGAGUCUACGUGUGGGAGACAAUCGUUUUCUUCAGCCUGGCGGCCUCCAAAGAAGCUGAAGCAGCAGCACGAUCUGCCCCCAAACCCAUGUCUCCUUCCGAUUUCUUGGAUAAGUUGAUGGGGCGAACUUCAGGAUACGAUGCCAGGAUCAGGCCAAAUUUUAAAGGCCCACCAGUGAAUGUCAGCUGCAACAUUUUCAUCAACAGCUUUGGUUCGAUUGCAGAAACAACUAUGGAUUACAGGGUGAACAUCUUCCUGCGACAGCAAUGGAAUGACCCACGGCUGGCGUACAACGAAUACCCUGAUGACUCCCUGGACCUGGACCCCUCUAUGCUGGACUCCAUCUGGAAGCCUGACUUGUUCUUCGCUAAUGAGAAAGGGGCCCAUUUCCAUGAGAUUACCACAGACAACAAGCUUCUGAGGAUCUCCAGAAAUGGCAAUGUCCUCUACAGCAUCAGGAUCACGCUGACUCUGGCCUGCCCCAUGGACCUGAAGAACUUCCCCAUGGACGUACAGACGUGCAUCAUGCAGUUAGAAAGCUUCGGCUACACAAUGAAUGAUCUCAUAUUUGAGUGGCAAGAAAAAGGAGCUGUGCAAGUUGCUGACGGGCUGACAUUGCCUCAGUUUAUCCUCAAAGAAGAAAAAGACUUGAGAUACUGCACAAAGCACUACAACACAGGCAAGUUCACCUGUAUAGAAGCUCGUUUCCAUCUGGAGCGGCAGAUGGGCUAUUACUUGAUCCAGAUGUACAUCCCCAGCCUCCUUAUUGUCAUUCUGUCCUGGAUCUCCUUCUGGAUCAAUAUGGAUGCUGCACCUGCUCGUGUUGGCCUGGGGAUCACCACAGUGCUCACUAUGACCACACAGAGCUCUGGUUCCCGAGCAUCACUGCCCAAGGUGUCCUACGUGAAGGCCAUAGACAUCUGGAUGGCCGUGUGCCUGCUGUUUGUGUUCUCCGCACUUCUAGAGUACGCUGCCGUCAACUUUGUGUCUCGGCAGCACAAAGAGCUGCUCAGGUUCAGAAGGAAGAGGAGGCACCAUAAGAGUCCCAUGCUGAAUCUGUUUCAGGAGGACGAAGCUGGUGAAGGCAGGUUCAACUUCACUGCCUACGGGAUGGGACCAGCUUGCCUACAAGCCAAGGAUGGCAUCUCCGUCAAGGGCGCCAACAACAACAACACGGCCAACCCGGUUCCCCCGCCGUCCCGCUCCCCCGAGGAGAUGCGAAAGCUGUUCAUUCAGCGAGCCAAGAAGAUCGACAAGAUCUCACGCAUCGGCUUCCCCAUGGCGUUCCUCAUCUUCAACAUUUUCUACUGGAUCAUCUACAAGAUCGUCCGCAGAGAGGAUGUGCACAACCAGUGAGGGAAGGGGAGCAGCUGGGAGGGAGUGAGCAAUCCUUUAUAUAUGUGCAAUAGCAAUGCAGCAAUGCAUGAAUUUAAGAAUGUGGCAAUAUCUACUAA